CAUUUAUUGGUAGAUUUCAAACUCAAAAUUUUCGAUUGUCAAGGUACAUACGAUAUUCUUAUGUCUGUUGAAGUUGAAGUGAGAAGUUGAAGCGAGAGGUAGAGAAAUUGUUCGUGUAGAUUUGGAACGUACCGAAAUCUGCCCGGUGCUCUUGGUCCAUGUAUUACGUAAUUUUUAAUCAAUUUUUUGGCGCCGAGUGAGUAAGCGAAUGAGCGAGAGUGAGUGUGUUGUAUUUGUGUGUGUGCGUACGAGCGUGGGUGUGCAAGCUUCCGCGUAUUUUCGUAGUAUUGAAACAGUAGGGCUUCGAAAAAGGGAGUCCCGAAGUAGAGGAGGGAAUAGUAGGUGGCAGUGUGCGGAAUCAAUACCACACGCGGGAUAAUAUCAGUAAGGGCUUGCGCGACACACGCGAACGUCGCACACCGUGAUAGCAGCGUUGUUUUGAGCGCGUUUCGCUCGCCGAGCAUUCGUCCCUCUGAACGAGAACGUGCGUGUGAGUGUUGGUUGAUGUGCUCGAAAGUGCGAGUGCUAAAGGGAAGCUGCAUCAUCACAACUGAAACUACAACCGUCCAUCACACGCGCAAAACUUCAGCUCAAAAAAUUAAGAUGCACCUGCGGUGAUGGUGUCUUGAGCAGAUCAAAGCUAGAAGGAACGAUCGAGACUUUAUUUUCAUCCAGCCACAAGAACAGCAACGAGAUCAAGAUAUCAUCGCGAAGGCGCGCGGAAGGACGUAAGGUUCUAAGAUGCCGGAUAUCAAGAGCACGAUGGAAGGACGGCUGGACAACGGGGAGAGCAAGCUGCAUCACCGCAAGGAUCUCGACCUGCUCCAUUGGAAGGACAUGCCAAAGCACCUCCAAUUCAACCCUUACAUCUUCACGGGCUAUCGGCCGCUGCUCACCUUUUGGGGCUGCCUCAACAGCCUAUUCUACCUCCAUAACGAAACCAUCAACAUCCUCACCCAUGCCAUCCCGAUUGUAUAUAUUUUAGCGACGGUUCCGCCUCUGAUGCCAUGGACUCAACUCUGGUAUCUAUCCUGGUGUCAUGUCCUCGGCAUCGUUAGCCCGUGGGUGGGCAGCUUCCUGUACCAUCUGUUCAUGAACAUUGAGCGGGGCGAGAAAAUUUAUUACCGAUUGCUGCAGCUGGACAUGCUGGGCAUUUGGAUCAAUCAGAGCUUUGGUGCCAUCCCCAUGGUUACAGCGACCACUUAUUGCCUUCCUGGUGUUAUUAAAUGGAUCUUCUUGAUCGCGUAUUGUCUGUUGAGCGUCUGGGGAUUCUAUAAGGCAAUGACGGCUUGGUCGCCGUGGGAACGAAGACUGUGCUUCCUCUUGCCCUUUACCGUAAGGGUGAUCCUUUGUUUAAUUCGAUAUUUCAGUAUAGGAGGUGGAGAUCCCGGUGCCUUCACGCAUGUUAUAUUGCAAGAUUUGGUGUCUGUGAUAGGAGCUGCAAUUGGUGCGAUGCAUAUACCGGAGAAAUGGUUCCCGGGAACAGUAGAUAUGUACCUGAAUUCGCAUAACAUCAUGCACGUCCUGGUGGUUGCGGCAGUGUACUCAAUGCACGUGGCGACGAUGAGGGAUCUGCAGUGGAUGACCCGUGUCAACUGCAGCGCCGCCCUCUGACCUCUCCUACGAAGACAGCAUUAGACUCCCUCCACGCAAACAAAUCGCAUGGUCGAAGAAAAGAAGUUUAAAUUAUUUUCAAAACACAACACACGACGACUCCGAUGACGAUUAUAGUCGUGAUCGUGAGCAAAAUAGAAACAAACUAAAUCUAGUCAAAUAAUUUUACGAGACUUGGUUCUUUUAUAUUUUACCAGCAAAAUGAAAUUCGUGGGAUUCAAUUUGGUCGGCGUGCAUUUUAUUCCUUAUUUUCACUAGUUUAUGUACCGAACAAUAAAGUUCUACCGAGUAGGAUAUUCCAAACGAAGUGCGAGUUAUUGUAGAUAAACGUUUUACUCUUUUACUAUCGGAGUUCUAUACUUUCCUAUUUUGGAAACAAUUAGUUGUAAUUGACUGAAAAAUAAAGAAAACAAUUAGAGUAAUACAGCAUAUUACUCUACCUAGUGCUUUAUUGCAAUUUAGAAUGAAUACAAAUACAUCAGUAACUUCAAAACGUGACUUGAAUUUGAUGAUAUUUGAAGAAGAAAAAAAAACGAUUUUUUUCCUUUUGUGUGUGAAAAUAUUUCAAAACCAGUCAAUUAAAUCCUAGCUCUUGAAACUUUUCUGUCGUCUCGGCUAGCCGUUCAUACUUCUUCUAUUUCUUCCAAAUUAAACCCUUGUGCACAACAAACGAAUCAAAGAUUUUUCCAAUGCGUUUCCUCCUUUUAUUUCACUGUGAUACUGAUUUAUUCCAGGUAGCGUGUAAUCUUUGGUUUCAUCCUUAGAUGUAGUGUGUUUAUUUUAAUUUUAGGAUUAAUACAAAAAUACGAGAAUAUACAGAAGCAAUAAACAAAUUAAUUAAGGAAACUCUUUGAACGUAUAUUUUAAUGAACAAAUAGGUACCUGGUUCUAAAUGUUUCGUACCUCUUUAAACUCUCUUGUAAGUGUUUUAAAACUGUGAUCUUGAACAAUAUAUUAAUCUUGCUUUUAAAA